AUGGAUGUCCUAGUCAUGUUUGGCUUGUCGGUGGCGGUCACAUACCAGAUCUUGUGGGAGGUGAUCGAUGCCAUCAACAACACGCCUGCGGUUGGGGCAUUUGACUUCCCCCUGACCGAGGAAGGCUGUAUGCGAAACGCCAACAGAUUCAAGGACAAGAGCACCGAUGGCAUUUUUUCGUGGGUCGUCGCCGCCGUGGAUGGUCUGUUCAUCAAGGCCGAGGCUCCGCGUGCGAAAGAGACCAAAAAUGUCAUCGCGUGCUACUCUGGCAGCAAGUCCGCGUACGGCAUCAACGUGCAAGCGAUGUGCACCGCCGACUACCGGUUCUGCGCAAUGUCGGCGAUCUCUCCAGGCUCG